CAAAGGUUCGUAAAAUCAGAUAACAAUAAAUGCAAUUUUUGUUUAGUUUGUUUUGCUGUUCCCAGUCAACUGCAACAGAUUUUGGGCUCACAUUAGCACGUUGAAAGAGAAAUAUAAAUACUCACGACCCUUCAUUUCUAUAAAAAAACCAAAGAUGGUAAAUGGAUUGUUUAAUCAGGAUCGAAAUCAUAAGAAAACGUCUCCAAUAUUUUCGGUUGGUCUCAAGUAGUUGGUAAAAGAAUUAUUACACUGCUGAUAAAACUGACCACUACAUUACAUUGUGAAACGGUAUCGCUCUCGUCGUUCAAGAUUAAAGUUUAUCAACUAAAGUCGUUGGCCAUUUGCGUAGGACCAGAAGGAAGCCAUCGCAACGGCGUCAGUCGAAAACUGUACAUUGCCGCAUUUAAACUAUUCGCCUAUCCUCUUUGUUUGUGUGCUAAAAAAUGUUUGCGUGGUUUGGGGUGGGAAAGAAAAUUAAAAUCGAUCGUAAUGCUUUAUUAGGAGAAGGUGGAUUUGGUACAGUAUUUAAAGGUGAAUUCGGAGGUCGUAAAGUCGCAGUAAAGCGAGUUGAAUUACAUCUUGUCGACAAAAGAGAAGAAGACGCUAUGCUAAAGUUGGAACAUCCAAACAUCGUCAAACUUCUUCAUUGUGAAAAGGAUGAAGAUUUUAUGUAUGAUACUUUUUUCUGGUUUAUAAACUGUUUCCUAGAGUCGUAUAACUCAAAAAACUACAAAGGACCUAUGCUACAAAACAUCAAAAUUUGUCGUCAAUUAGCUGUCGGCCUAGAAUACAUCCAUUCAAAGAAAUUAAUUCACCGGGACAUUAAACCGGAAAAUGUUCUCAUUUGCGUCUCUUCAACUGGUCAAGGUGAUAACAUAACAAUCAAAUGGUCUGAUUUUGGACUGGCCAAAUCCGUCAAUGAAAAAGGAUUACACACGUGGACUGGGGCGAGAGGAACCAGAACUUGGUUCGCACCGGAAGUGCUGGAAAAGCUCAUCAACGGAGAAAGGGCGGAACAGGAAAUAUUUUGGGGCACCGUCCAGAGCGAUGUGUUUGUCCUGGGACUCGUUUUCGGUUACCUUUUCUUGAAGGGAGAACAUCUUUACGGUUCCGGCGAAACAGAAAUUCACAAAAACAUACGUGAAAGAAAUCCGGUGAAUAUGCAAAAAAUUAAUGGUGAAUUGCGCAAAUAUUAUGAGGAUGACUUACUAAGGAAAAUGUUGGAAGACGACCCGAAAAAAGAAUAACUUCGAAAGAAGUCGUCGAACAACUGGAAUCCAUCAACAAUAAGCUCACUGAAAAAGAAGAAGAAUUGCGUCUACUAUGUGGCUUUGACUCUUCGUCUGGUCUAAUAGAAAAAAUUAAAGACUUAAUCCAACUGGGAAUUGACGUCAAUGCAAAGGAUGGGAACCCCUAUUAUGGACGGAAUGCGCU